CCGAUCGCUCAAUCUUCCCCCUUUCUUUCUUUCUUUCUUUCUCUCUCUAAAAUUCUCUACAUUACAAUACAGUAUUUAUUUAUGUAUAUUUAUUUUCUCCACCCAUCGGUCAAUCUCAAAUCAUCGAAAUAUUCGAAACCCUAACAAUUUAAUUCGUUUUAAAAGCUUUUAAAUUUCUUGAUUCAAUUUGUAUAUAAUCUUUGUAUGAUUCUUCAAUCCUUGUAUAAAUUCUUUCAAUAUAUUUAUAACUUUUGUUUCAAGUUAGGGUUGUGUUUUUUUUUUUACAAUUAAAAAAUACAUACAACAAAAAGGUUUUUUUGAGGAAUUUGUUGCUUUGUAUUAAUCAAAAUUGCUAUCAGAAACUAUAGAACUGCUGGUUUUUAAAUAUAUUUUUUCGUUUUGUUUUUUGUUCCGGUUGAUGGAAAAGUAAGAGGGGGCAAAAGGGAUAAGAGCUGAAGACCACAGGGGCUGUGCAAUUGAAUCGUUUUUUUUUGUUGCAAUUUGCAUGGUUUUUGGAUGGUUAUAGAGUUCUGACUUGUAAGCUGAAGUGGAGACGCUCUGAAAACUUUAAUCAUUUUCAGGGUUAUCUGUUAUAUUCUCAUAAAGCUUGAUUUUGCUGAGGUUAUGAUCAUUAUCGAUUAGGAGGUGAAAGGGCUGAACUGCUGUGAGUGUGUGCUUUACCUUGUUGGUUUUUAGCUUUGUUGAGCUUUGGGAUGAGGAAUGAUAGCAAGAAAAGUGGUGGCGGUUCUGGUGCUGGAGGGAUGCCACAGUCUGGUCGGGGCAAUAAUGGGAUCAUUCCGACAUCAAUUAAGUCUCUUUCCAGCUACUGGAGGAUUGUUUCCUCAGGAGCCUCAAGCGUGGCAUCCACGGUGAAGUCUGCCGCCUCUGCUGCUUCAGCUAUCGUGGACAGGGACAGUGAGUUCCCCCAAGAUCAGGUUUGCUGGGCUGGAUUUGACAAGCUAGAACUCGAGGGAGGCGUCACAAGGAAAGUUCUCUUGCUCGGCUACAGUUGUGGCUUCCAGGUUUGGGAUGUUGAAGAAGCAGACAAUGUGCACAAACUGGUUUCCAGGAGCGAUGGUCCUGUUUCGUUUAUGCAAGCAUUACCCAACCCAACAGCAUCAGAGGAAUCUGGAGACAAGUUUGGUGAUAGUCGCCCAUUGCUGAUAAUUUGUGCUGACGGAUCGUUUUCUGAGGGCAAUAACAUUCAGGAGGGGUAUGGUGGUGCUCAUAAUGGGUUCGCUCAACACUGCCAUGGUUCGGUUAAUGGUAGUUGUAUGCCUACGGUAGUUUGGUUUUAUUCAUUGCGAUCACAAUCAUAUGUACAUCUUUUACGGUUUCGGUCUGUUGUUCAUUUAGUGCGAUGUAGUUCUCGAGUUGUUGCUGUUCUACAGUCAGCUCAGAUACACUGUCUUGAUGCUUUUACGCUGGAGAGACAGUAUACAAUUUUUACAAAUCCUGUUGUUAUGGGUGACUGUGGAUCUGGAGGUAUAGGCUUUGGGCCCCUUGCAGUGGGUCCCAGGUGGAUGGCUUAUAGUGGAAGUCCAGUUGCCAUCCCAAAUUCAGGGCGUGUGAAUCCGCAACAUCUUAACCCAUCUGUUAGUUUCCCUAGUCCUGCUUCAAAUGGAAGCGUUGUUGCACAUUACGCAAAAGAGUCCGGCAGGCAACUAGCUUCUGGUAUUGUUACACUAGGGGACAUGGGUUAUAAGAAAUUAUCAAAGUACUACUCUGAGCUGUUGCCUGAUGGAAACAAUUCUCUGCCAGGAAGUGCUCAUGCAGACAGUGUUGGCAUGGUCGUUGUCAGAGAUGUUGUCAGCAAAAGUAUUGUUACCCAAUUUAGGGCACAUAAACAUCCUAUAUCAUCUUUGUGCUUUGAUCCUAGUGGCACCCUGCUAGUGACUGCUUCAGAUCAGGGCCACAACAUUAAUGUUUUCCGUAUAAUUCCUGAACUUUCUGGAGGUUCCUCUGGAGCUGCUUCUGGCCCAUCUCAUGUCCAUCUUUACAGGCUGCAACGUGGUGUCACACCUGCAGUCAUACAGGACAUAAGUUUUAGUAGCAAUAGCCAAUGGAUUAUGGUUAGUUCUUUAAGAGGGACAAGCCAUCUUUUUGCUAUUUCUCCUUCAGGGGGUUCGUUAAGCAUUCAGUCUUCUGAUGCUUGUUUUAGUGCCAGAAACACUGGAUACAGUUUGAUGAAGAAGCAUGCAGUUCAUGGGCCGCCAAAUUCAGGGAUACAGCGUCUAACCCAACAAAUUAUUUGUCCAUCUGGAUCCCCAAUUUCACUUUCUCCUCUUAUCAGGAUAAGAAAUGGAAAUAAUGGUUGGAGAAAUGCUGUAAGUGGUGCUGCAGCAGCUGCUACUGGGAAGACAAGUUCUCUCCCUGGGGUUAUUGCUUCAAUUUUCCAUAACUGCAGAGGUGAUGAUGUAAAUGGACAUUCCAAUUCUCUGAAGACAAACUACUUGCUUGUUUUCUCUUCUUCUGGUUCUAUGAUACAAUAUGCAUUGGGUACCUCUGCCAUGCUAAAUAGUGUGACAGCUUUACCAGGAGUGAAUACCAGCUGUGAAUCAGAUCUAGAUGGUGAUGCAGGGUUAGUAGUUAAGGCUAUCCAGAAGUGGGAUAUUUGCCAGAAACUAAACAGGAAGCAGCGGGAAGAUGAUAUUGACGUAUAUAGCGAAAAUGGAAAUUUAGAUCGUGCUAAAGUAUUUCCUGAAAGAACCAGACAGGAUGAUAGUGUGUGUUCCAGUGUCAUGGGUGCACCCACGAAAGAUAAAGUCACAACUGAAGAAAGACACCAUAUGUACAUAUCUGACGCAGAGCUGCAAAUGCAUCAAAAUCAGAGCCCAUUGUGGGCGAAACCUGAGAUAAAUUUUCAUUCCAUGUUACUGACUGAUGACUUUAAUGAAAACGAGGAAGUUGCUCACAGGGGAGAGAUUGAGAUUGAAAAAAUCCCCGUUGACAUGCUUGAAGUUAGGUCAAAAAACCUGGUUCCAGUUUUUGAUUAUCUACAAGCUUCUGAUCUUCAUUUUCUGGGGAGAAUUCCUUUUAUGAAUAGCCACAAUAACGGGCAAUUGCUAUGCCAGAGGUCUGACAUGUCUGAAGGAUCUGGCUCUCAUGAUAUGAUGACCAAUGAUGGCAUUGUUAUGGCGGAACCGCACAGUAGUGCUGGAGAAACAAGCAGGGGCAAUGUAAAUACUAAUGUUAGCCCAAUAGCAAAAACUCGGCCUCAGACUGUACGUUCUAGAGGGAACUCUGUGAGAGAGACCCAAAUUAACUCUGUAAAUAGUAACAUAGCUGGCCUGAUACUGGAGAAACAAUUUGGAGAUGAAGGCGACGAGUUUGAUUAAAGGUAAUUUCUUACAGUUCCUACUUUAAUAAUAAUGUAAGACACAUCAGUACACCAUGUGAUGCUUUUUCGUAUAUUUGGUAAUUUUUCAUAAUAAAAUGGUUCGAGCUGAUUCUGGUUGUUCAUUCCA